CAAGAGGCGAGCGAUCCCUUUAAGAAACCCGGCUCGGCGCGGCCCGGCUGUGACCCCGCCCCCCCGUCGGCGCGCGCGGCUCCGGCUGGCCCGGCCUCUGAGUGGCGGAGCUUCCAGGAACGCUGCGCGAUGGAGAGAUGAUGAGGUUCAGCGAGGAAGAGGGAGUUGCCCACAGCCACACAGUACGUCCUCAGCCUGACCCCUCAGUCCUGUCUCCUGUCCAUUCCCACCAUGGCCUUCUGGACGCAGCUGAUGCUGCUGCUUUGGAAGAAUUUCCUGUACCGCAGGAGGCAGCCGAUGCAGCUCUUGGUGGAGCUGAUGUGGCCGCUUUUUCUCUUCUUCAUCCUGGUGGCCGUACGCCAUUCCCACCCCCAACUCGAGCAGCAUGAAUGCCAUUUCCCCAACAAGCCGCUGCCGUCAGCGGGUACCGUCCCUUGGCUCUAGGGCCUCAUCUGCAACGUGAACAACACCUGCUUCCCACGGCCCAUGCCUGCCGAGGAGCCUGGCAUCCUCAGCAACUAGGACUCCCUGGUCUCCCGGCUCCUGGCAGUUGCCCGCACUGUCCUGGGGGGCCCCAGGGCCCACAGGGUGCUGGCUAGCCUGAGGCAGCUGAUGCCUAUGCUGAGGGCUGCCCGUGGAGCAGGAACAGCCUGGCCACAGCUGAGUGACCAGCCCAAGGAGGGACCGUCCCUGGCCACUGAGCUGCUGAGGACACUGCUGCAAGGGGAACCCCUGGCGUUUGUGCUGGGCCAGGCCCAGGAGUCCUUAGACAGCCUUGUGGAAGCAGCAGAAGACCUGGCCCAGGAGGUGAACCGAACCUUCCAGGGGCUGGCGCUGUUGAAGCGCAUCCAGGAGGUGUGGGAGCUGCUGGGCGCCCCGCUCUUGAACUUCGUGAACGACAGCGCCGGUGUCGCGCGGCUGCAGAGGCUCCUGUAGAUCACAGGAAGAAGGCAGCCAGGAGCUGGAGGCCAGGACCUGGGGAAGGCUCUUCGUGCCUUUCUGAACCCCCGAAGUGGUGGCUGCAGCUGGCAGGAGGCCCAUGCUGAUGUGGGACACCUGGUGGGCACACUGGGCCGUGUGAUGGAGUGCGUGACUCUGGACAAGCUGGAGGCUGCGCCCUCACAGGCUGCCCUGGUGGAGCGGGCCCUGGAGCUGCUCUCCAAGCACCGUUUCUGGGCCGGCGUCGUCCUCCUGGGGCCCGAGGACUUCCCGGACUCCUUGCAGUCCCCAGGCCCUGGCCAUGCGCGCAUCAAGAUCCGCAUGCACAUCGAUGACGUCACAAGAACCAAUAAGUUCAGGGACCGAUUUUGGGACCCCGGUCCGGCUGCUGACGCGCUGAUGGACCUGCGCUACGUGUGGGUUGGUUUUGUGUACCUGCUGAACCUGCUGGAGCGCGCAGCUGUGCGCGUGCUCACUGGAGCCGCGCCCCGCGCCGGCCUCUACCUGCAGCAGAUGCCCUACCCGUGCUACGUGGACGACGCGUUCCUGCGCGUGCUGAGCCGGUUACUGCCGCUCUUCUUGACGCUGGCCUGGCUCUACUCGGUGGCGCUGACCGUGAAGGCUGUGGUGCCUGAGGAGACGCGGCUGCACUACACGAUGCGCGCCAUGGGGCUCAGUGGCGCCGUGCUUUGGCUGGGCUGGUUCCUCAGCUGUCUCGGGCCCUUCCUUCUCAGCACCGCGUUGCUCGUGCUGAUGCGCAAUCUCGGGGACAUCCUCCCCUACAGCCACGCGGUGGUGCUCUUCCCGUUCUUGGCGGCUUUCAAGGUGGCCACGGUGGUCCAGAGCUUCUUGCUGAGCGCCUUCUUCUCCCGAGCCAACCUGGUAGCCGCCUGCGGGGGCCUCGCCUACUUCGUGCUCUAUCUGCCCUACGUGCUGUGCGUGGCCUGGCGGGACCAACUGCCCGUGGGCGGCCGUGCGGCCGCGAGCCUUAUGUUGCCCGUGGCCUUCGGCUUCGGCUGCGAGAGCCUGGCACUGCUGGAGGAGCAGGGUGAGGGCGCGCAGUGGCACAACGUGGGCACUGGGCCUACAGCCGAUGUCUUCAGUCUGGCCCAGGUCUCGGGUCUUCUGUAGCUCGACGCUGUGCUCUACGGCCUCGCCACUUGGUACCUGGAGGCCGUGUGCCCAGGCGAGUACGGGAUCCCCGAACCGUGGAACUUUCCCUUUCGGAGGAGCUACUGGUUUGGGCCUCAGACCCCCAAGGGCCCCGCCCCGCCCCCUGUCCCACAGGACCCCAAGGUGCUAGUGGAAGAGGCACCCCGCCUGAUUCCAGGGGUCUCCAUAUGGAGCCUGGAAAAGCGCUUUCCUGGCAACCCGCAGCCGGCCCUGCACGGGCUCAGCCUGGUUUACUGGGGCCUCAUCACCGCCUUCCUGGGCCACAGUGGGGCUGGCAAGAUGACCAUGCUGUCCAUCCUGAGCGGCCUCCUCCCACCCACUGCUGGCUCCUCCUGUGUCCUGGGCCAUGAUGUCCGAUCCAACAUGGCAGCCAUCUGGUCCCACCUGGGAGUCUGCCCACAGUACAGUGUGCUGUUUGACAGGCUGACCGUGGAUGAGCACGUCUGGUUCUAUGGGCAGUUAAAGGGUCUGAGUGCAGCUCCCGUGGGUCCCGGGCAGGACCGUCUGAUGUAGGAUGUGGGACUGGUCCCCAAGCGGCAUGCACAGACUCACCACCUCUCUGGGGAGGAGCCUCUGGGUGGGAUGCAGCAGAAGCUUUCAGUGGCCAUUGCCUUUGUGGGUGGCUCCCAAGUCAUUAUCCUGGAUGAGCCCACAGUUGGUGUGGACCCUGUUUCCCAUCGAGGCAUUCAGGAGCUGCUGUUCAAAUACCAUGAUGAUCACACAUUGAUCCUCUCCGCCCACCACCUGGAUGAGGCAGAGCUGUUGGGAGACCGUGUGGCAGUGGUGGCGGGCGGCCGCUUGUGCUGCUGUGGCUUCCCACUCUUCCUGCGGCGUCAUUUGGGCUCCGGAUACUACCUGACACUGGUGAAGGAUCCCCCAGUCCUGGCCACCAGCAAAAAGGGUGACACUGACUUGAAGGACAGCAUGGAUCCUGGGCAGGAAAGGGCCCCGACAUGCCCGACGGCCUGCCCAGGUGUGGCCCAGCUGCUGGCCCUGGUGCAGAGCCACGUGCCCGGGGCACGGCCGGUCAAAGAGCUGCCACACGAGCUGGUGCUGGCGCUGCCCUACCAGGGCGCCCUGGACGGCAGCUUCGCUAAGCUCUUCCGCGAGCUGGACCAGCGGUUGGCGGAGCUGGGACUGGCCGGCUUUGGGAUCUCUGACACCAGCCUGGAGGAGAUCUUCCUGAAGGUGGUGGAGGACUGUGCUGUGGACACAGGCCCAGAGGAUGGUAGGCCCAGGCAGCACCCACGCUCAGGCAUUGCUCAUCUGGACGCGACUGCAAGGCUCCAGAUUCCGCCAGAGGAGUCAGCCCUGGAGAAUGGGGGGCCGGCAGGAUCUGCCCGAGACACAGGCUUGCAGGGCUCUGGGCCAGACGCCACAGGCUGUGUACAAGGCUGGGCGCUGACCCACCAGCAGCUCCGGGCCUUGCCUCUCAAGCGCUUCCUGCUUGCCCGCUGCAGCCGCCGUGGCCUGUUCGCACAGAUUGUGCUGCCUGCUCUGUUCGUGGGCUUGGCACUGGCGUUCAGCCUCAUCAUGCCUCCUUUCGGAUACUACCCGGCUCUGCAGCUCAGUCCCAGCAUGUACGGCGCCCGAGUGUCCUUCUUCAGGGGCGAUGCCCCAGGAGACCCUGAAUGUGCCCGCCUGCUCGAGGCGCUGCUGGAAUAGGCCGGCUUGGAGGAGACUUACCUGAAAAAUAACUCCAACAGGGCACCUGAGUGUACACAGCCUGCCGUCUGCCAGUUCUCGGUGCCCGAGGUUCCUGCAGAUGUGGCUAAGGUCUUGGCCAGCGGCAACUGGACUCUGGAGUCUCCUUCCCCUGCCUGCCAGUGCAGCCAGCCUGGUGCCCACCGCCUGCUGCCCGACCGUCCUGCUGUGGCCAGCGGCCCCCCACCUCCCCAGGCACCGACCAGCUCGGGCAAAGCGGUCCAGAACCUAACAGGCCGGAACCUGUCUGACUUCCUGGUCAAGACCUACCCACGCCUGGUGCGCCAGGGCCUGAAGACCAAGAAGUGGGUGAACGAGGCCAGGUAUGGGGGCUUCUCCCUGGGGGGCCGAGACCUGGGCCUGCCCUCGGGGCUUGAGGUUGGCUGCUCUGUGGAGGAGCUACAGGCACUGCUGAGCCCCCAACUGGGCGGAGUCCUCGACCGCAUCCUGAACAAUUUCACAGCGUGGGCUCUUGGUCUGGACAUUCAGGAUGGCCUCAAGAUCUGGUUCAACAACAAGGGCUGGCAUGCCAUGGUGGCCUUUGUCAACCGAGCCAACAACGCUCUCCUACGUGCCCGCCUGCCGCCAAGCCCCGCCCGCCGUGUCCACAGCAUCACCACGUUCAAUCACCCCCUGAACCUCACCAAGGAGCAGCUGUCUGAGGCCACGCUGAUGGCCUCCUCAGGGGACGUGCUUGUCUCCAUCUGUGUGGUCUUCGCCAUGUCCUUUGUCCCGGCCAGCUUCACUCUUGUCCUCAUCGAUGAGUGUGUCACCUGAGCCAAACACCUGCAGUGUGUGGCGGGCCUGCCCCCCACUCUCUACUGGCUCGGCAACUUUCUCUGGGACAUGUGUAACUACUUGGUGCCAGUGUCCAUCAUGGUGCUCAUCUUUCUGGCCUUCCAGCAGAGGGCGUACGUGGCCCGCAACCUGCCUGCCCUCCUGCUGUUGCUACUACUGUAUGACUGGUCAAUCACACCGCUCAUGUACCCAGCCUCCUUCUUCUUCUCCAUGCCCAGCAUGGCCUACGUGGUGCUCACCUGCAUCAAUCUCUUUAUCGGCAUCAACGGCAGUAUGGCCACCUUUGUGCUCGAGCUCUUCUCUGAUCAGAAGUUACAGGAGGUGAGCCGGAUCCUGAAACGAGUCUUCCUUAUCUUUCCUCUCUGCCUGGGCUGGGGGCUCAUCGACAUGGUGAGGAACCAGGCCAUGGCUGACGCUUUUGAGUGCUUGGGAGAUGAGCAGUUCCAGUCACCCCUGUGCUGGGAGGUGGUCGGCAAGAACCUCUUGGCCAUGUUGAUACAGGGGCCCAUCUUCCUCCUCUUUACACUCCUGGUGCAGCACCUCAACUGCCUCCUGCCACAACCCAAGCUGAGGCUGCUGCCCGCCCUGGGAGAGGAGGAUGAGGAUGUGGCCCAUGAGCGGGGACGGGUGGUACAAGGAGCCACCCAGGGGGACGUGUUGGUGCUGAGGGACCUGACCAAGGUGUACCCUGGGCAGAGGACACCGGCUGUCGACCUCCUGUGUCUGGGGAUCCCCUCUGGUGAGACAGCAAGCUCGGGCCUGGGGUGCCUGGGCCUCCCUCAGUAUGCGGACAGGCCCGUAGGCACCUACAGCAGAGGCAACAAGCGGAAAGUGGAGACAGCCGUGGCUCUGGUGGGGGAUCCAGCUGUGGUCUUUCUGGCCUGGCCAGAGCUCACGGCUCCGGGCUCCCACAGCGUGGAGGAGUGUGAGGCGCUGUGCCCGUGCCUGGCCAUCACGGUGAACGGGCGGUUCCGCUGCGUGGGCAGCAUGCAGCACCUCCGGGGCCGGUUUGGGGCUGGCCACACGCUGACCCUGUGGGUGCCCAUGUCUCAGUCCGAGUCGGCCGCAGCCGUCGUGGCAGCCACGUUCCCGGGGGCCGAGCUGCGGGAGGUGCACGGUGGCCGCCUGCGCUUCCAGCUGCCUCCGGGAGGGCGCUGCGCCUUGGCGCGCCUCUUUGGAGAGCUGGCGGUAUGUGGCGCAGAGCACGGUGUGGAGGACUCCUCUGUGAGCCAGACCACGCUGGAGGAGGUAUUCCUGUACUUCUCCAAAGAUCAGGGGAAGGAGAAGGACGAGCAGAAGGCGGAAGUGGGGGCGGACCCUGUGCCAGGCCGACAGACCCCCAAACUCAUCACCCAGUUCCUCGAUGACCACAGCAUGGCCGAGACGGUGCUCUGAGCCUCCCUCUCCUCCGUGGAGCUGGUGGGAGGCCCUGGCAGUGACCAAGGCAGGACAGAGGGGCUGGAGCAGGGACCCAGACUCCCUGAGGGGUUGCUGCCCUGGAGGGAAUAAAGAGAAGUUGUGGUGUGAAGCCCUACGCACGUGUGUCCAUGCGUCAGGCUGCAUGCUUGUCCAAAACUGGCUCUCCAUGUGUGGAUACCGGGCCUGGCACCCGAGUGUGUGCAGCAGUUGGUUUGUGGACACAGAUGCAAUCUCUAGGGUGCAGGUGAGAGCCCAGCUACAGCUGACUGGACUCCCAGCUCUGAAGGCCUCUGUGCUGGGCUGAGGCGUGUCUCCCUGCGGGUUUGCCCUUCAUAAGAGCCUGGACAAUGGUCCCGGGGCCCCGAAGUGCCCACGUGGUUCUGGCGCUUGAGGGCGGUACCUGUGAGUGGCUGGUCGUGAAAUGGGCAUGCGGUCAGGGCUCAGG